UACCUAUUAUUUCUUCCAUCUUCCAGAAAAAAUUACUAAGAAAAAAAUAAUCUUUCUAUUUAUUCCAAAAAAUGCCUGAAAAAUCCCCAGAUUAUUCUCAUUCAGUGAAACUAAAGUAUGUUAAAUUAGGGUACCAAUACCUAGUGAACAACAUUUUAACAUUCAUGCUAGUACCCAUUAUGCUUACAAUUUUACUUCAAAUUCUGCAAUCAAGUCCAAAUGAACUCCUCAACUUUUACAACUCUCUUUCCCUCACUUCAAUUCACAUCAUUUGUUCAUUGUUCCUCAUAAUUUAUGUAAUAACUUGUUACAUCAUGUCACGUCCAAGAACCAUAUACUUGGUGGAUUACGCAUGUUUUUGCCCUCCUAUCACAUGUCGUAUCCCAUUCGCAGCUUUUCUGGAACACUCGCACUUCGUCUUGGGAACUGAGCCCAAAAGCGUGCGUUUUCAGAAGAAAAUGCUUGAACGUUCAGGUCUUGGAGAAGAAACUGCUUUACCACCAGCCAUGCAUUAUAUUCCACCAACCCCUACUAUGGAUUUGGCUCGAGAAGAAGCUGAGCUAGUUAUUUUUUCGGCCAUGGAUUCACUUCUGGAGAAAACGGGGCUAAAACCUAAAGACAUUGAUGUUCUUGUUUUAAAUUGUAGCGUCUUUUCGCCAACCCCUUCACUUUCCGCUAUGGUGAUAAACAAGUAUAAGCUGAGGAGUAAUAUAAAGAGUUUUAAUUUGUCUGGAAUGGGAUGCAGUGCUGGCGUAAUAUCCAUUGAUUUAGCUCGUGAUAUUCUGCAAAUAUACCCUAAUUCAAAUGCUGUGGUUAUUAGCACAGAGAUUCUCUCCCCGAAUGCUUAUUUAGGUAAAGAGAGGUCGAUGUUGUUACCAAAUUGCCUAUUCAGAAUGGGAGGAGCAGCCAUACUUUUGUCUAAUCGAAAAUCGGACCGGGCCCGGGCCAAGUACCGGCUCGCACACAUUGUGAGAACUCACAAAGGAGCUGAUGAUAAAUCUUUUAGAUGUGUACAACAACAAGAAGAUCCAGAAGGAAAUGUCGGUAUAAAUUUGUGUGUGGAUCUCAUGCAAGUUGCUGGAGAAGCAUUGAAAUCUAAUAUUACAACAAUUGGACCACUUGUUCUACCCGCUUCGGAACAACUUCUUUUCAUUCUUACACUCAUUUGCCGGAAAUUGUUUAAGGUCAAGUUGAAACCCUAUAUUCCGGACUUUAAACUAGCAUUUGAGCACUUUUGUAUACACGCCGGAGGAAGGGCGGUGAUAGAUGAGUUGCAGAAGAGCCUGCAGCUAUCAGCGGAGCAUGUGGAGGCCUCGAGGAUGACGCUUUAUCGGUUCGGGAACACAUCGUCAUCGUCGCUGUGGUACGAGAUGAGUUAUCUUGAGGCAAAGGGGAGAAUGAAGAAAGGUGACAGGAUUUGGCAGAUUGCAUUUGGGAGUGGAUUCAAGUGUAACAGUGCGGUUUGGAAGUGUAAUAGAACAAUCAAAACUCCAGUGAAUGAUCAUAAUCCAUGGGCUGAUUGCAUUGACAGAUACCCUGUUGAUAUUCCAGAUGUUGUCAAGCUCUAGUCUUUGAAUAAUGCAUGAAGUUAAUUAGUUUAAUUUGUUGAA